GCACAGUGUGUCAUGGCCAGCUGAUGAACUGUCACCGAAAGUGGGGAUUUGCGUGCACUCAAUUGGGAAAUUUACUAAUCCGCGGCGAAAGCACGCGAGUAGUUUAGUCCGAUUCCUGCAUGACAAGUUCUUCAAGUCGCUAUUUUCAGUAUUAUCCAGUGUAUAGUUUAAGUGUGUGAUCUGUGAUUUUGGCGGGCAGUCUUGGGAGGGUUCAUCAGUGUCAGAGAAAAGGGUCGCGGUUUGGAACUUUGUAGAUCACUUUGAUACUCUGCAGAUAAGCGAUAGGAAGCGAGGCACAUAGAGUGGUGGGAUUAGGGCAUUAGUGGAAUCAGUUAAGGUGCAACUGAUAAAGUGAGCAGAUUAGGGAAGGUGUGCCUAGAGCGCCCGGAGACAGAGAAAUCCCUCAAAAUCCCUGAAGAUGAGCCACUCGAAGGGACUGAAGGAUGUCUUCAGCUACAAUUCCUGGAUUCAUGCAGUGUCAGGAGCCUCGGGAGCUCUUGUGGCCAUGUCUGCGUUCUACCCGCUGGACACCGUCAGAUCCAGGCUACAGUUGGAAGAUCCGGAGAAGCGGAAGAACCAGAGCACUUGGGACGUCCUGCGGCAGCUGGUGACUGAGGAGGGCUUCAGCACACUCUACAGAGGCCUCGUGCCGGUUCUCGAGAGUCUCUGCAUUUCGAACUUCGUCUAUUUCUACACAUUCCACAGCCUGAAGGCGAUGCGACAGACCGGAAGGGGUCAGAGUGCCAUCAAGGACCUCCUCAUGGGCGCCGUAGCGGGAGUGGUGAAUGUGCUGAGCACCACGCCGUGCUGGGUGGUCAACACGCGCCUAAAGAUGAAGGGCAUCAAGGCGUCUGGGGGCGAAGAUCGCGCACCGUACACAAAUCUCUUCCAAGGAUUGUUGUAUGUGGCGCAAAAGGAGGGCAUUUCUGGACUCUGGGCGGGCACGAUUCCCUCACUGGUGCUGGUCAUCAAUCCCGCUCUGCAAUUCAUGAUGUACGAGGGCCUGAAGCGGCGCCUGGUGAAGAUGUACGGUGAAUUGCCCGCCUUGGGCUACUUCCUCGCUGGCGCCGUGGCCAAAGCUUUCGCCACGGUGCUGACGUAUCCUCUGCAGCUCAUCCAGACGAAGAUGCGCCACGGCGACCGCAAUGCCAAUCUGCCGCCCAACGCAGGCACCAUCGAGAUCCUGCUGUUCCUGCUCAAGAGCCACGGCCCGGCGGGACUGUUCAGGGGUCUUGAGGCGAAACUCCUGCAGACAGUUCUCACGGCGGCGCUCAUGUUCGCGACGUACGAGAAAAUCGCCAAAUACGUGACGAUGAUCCUCACACGUCAGGUGAAGGCGAAGUAAGGAUAACUUCUGUGACUAACUGUGAGGCUUUUUAUUUAUCACAAAAACUCUAUUUAUUUGUAAAACAGACGGAAAACCAAAGAAGAACUCUUGUAAUACCAGUUUUCCCACGUGGUAAUUUCUUAUUGUCUGCUUCUUUUGGGCUGGUAUAUGUGUUAUCUUUCCUCUUACCUAAAAAAACAGGUUGAUUUAGUUUGGCGCUAAAGGUGAACGCGAUUUGCAUGAAUUUUCCACGAUCGAAAGGGUUUAUAAAUAGCAUCCAUGACAAAUUGUUGCAUUUGAGACUCCAUCGAAUGUGUGAUUAAAUGGAUUGGAAAUUAA